AUGGCACGCACAGUACUAAUCACGGGAUGCUUCGACGGCGGCAUCGGGGCAGCACUAGCUGUCGCAUACCACAAAAACAAAGAAUACCGUGUGCUUGCCACAACUCGAAACACCGCAAAGAUGACAUCGCUGGCCGCACUGGGCAUCACAACCUUGCAACUGGACGUAUUGUCCGAUGCCUCCGUGGCAGAAUGCGCAAGCGAAGUCUCCAAGCUCACAGGAGGAAGUCUCGACAUCUUAAUCAACAACGCUGGAGGAGGCUACAGCAUGCCUUUGCUGGAUGCGCCUCUGGACGAGAUCUCCAAGCAGUUUGACCUGAACGCGCUGUCCAUCUUGCGCAUGACACGAGGCUUCAUGCAUCUACUGCGCCGCUCUCAGUCCCCUCAUGGCGCGCUAGUGGCGAACAACACGUCGCUGGUCAGCACCCUUCCCGUCCCGCUCCAAGGGGCCUACAGCGCAUCCAAAGCCGCAGCCGCAAGCAUCACCGAAUGCCUACGCCUGGAACUUCAGAUGUUCGGCAUCCAGGUCAUCGAUCUCAAAACGGCGUCGGUCAAGACGGCGUUCUUGGACAACGUCCCCAACGUACGCCUGCCGUCUGACUCGCAUUACGCCAAGCAGAGAGAUGUCGUGGAGAAACGGUUAAGAGAGGGUCCUGAAGCCCAGCCCAUCACGGCAACCGCAUGGGCUGAACAGAUCGUGCGAGACCUCUCUUGUUCUCGGCCUUCGCCAGUCAUAUAUCGAGGAGGGAGUGCGCGGUUGGGAAGGCUUCUUGCCAGUCUGCCAAUUGGCUUGCGUUUCAAGGACUCUACUAUCAAAGAAUUUUCGGGGUUGAAGGAGGUCGAGGAGGCAUUCAAAAAUCGUGGCGAGAAGGACGAUUAG